AUGAACUCAAGAAUGCAACAGGAAUUCGAUUUGGCUGCACGAGUUCGUGCUUGGGUCAAAACAGAUUUAGAUGUCCAAAUCAGUAUGGAUACUGUUAGAUAUCAUCUGCGUCAGUUUAUGGAUUCACGUAAAACACUGUGUGAUCGAUUGCGCACGAUCGAAGCCAGAAUGGAAAGUUGCCGACAAGAUGGUAAACCUUAUGAUAUGUAUAUUGAAGACAUGAACAGUCUAACUGAAUGGAUUCAAUGUCAAACACAACAAAUUAGCGACUUACAACAAAAACUUAUGAAUGCUGGUGAAAUAUCGUUGACAGAUGCCUCCGGUUCACCUCAUUCGACUGCUCAAAUACUCUCAUUUCGUUUAUGCCAACUACAUAGCAUCCAAGAGGCACGAAUAGCUUUGAAAUAUCUAUUCAGACAAACUGACCAAUUGAUGCAUCUGUCCAAAUUGUCAAGCUACAUUUGA